AUGACGAUGAUUGCUCAACUACCAGCUUUCAUAUAGACAGACGGAAGCUAUCGCACAUUGAUAUCCUGUUGCUUGCGAUAAAUAAUAUUUAGCGUGUAAUAUCAUAAUACAAUUGCGCUUUUAGUUACAUUCUACGUAAAUCCUCUAUUUAAAUAAAUGGCGACGGCGAUCAAAGAACGCACAAUUCCUGCUAUGGACACGUUGGUCAAGUAUGAUAAUCCAGUUUUGAUUACGACACAUUCAGAGAAGGUACGUAAGGAUGUUGCAAAAGUCGGUAUUGCUGCUUGCAAAAUUCAAACAACUCCACCUUCAACUGAUAUACGACGAGAAACUAUUCAAAUUUUAAAUAGAAUUUUACCACCGAAGGAAUGGGAAGAGGAUGGCCAAAUAUGGACACAACGUGUGUCAAGUACUCCCGCAACAAGAUUAGAUGUGAUAAAUUUACAAGAGCAACUUGAUAUGCGAUUACAACAAAGACAGGCCAGAGAAACCGGUAUUUGUCCUGUUCGCAGGCAGCUUUAUACCCAAUGUUUCGAUGAAUUAAUACGACAAGUAACUGUAAAUUGCGCUGAACGUGGAUUACUUUUAUUGCGAGUAAGGGAUGAAAUUAAUAUGACAUUAGCUGCGUAUCAGACAUUGUAUCAAAGUAGCAUUGCUUUCGGAAUGCGUAAAGCAUUGCAAGCUGAGCAAGGCAAGGAAAAUUUGAUUAAUACGGCUGAGGAAUUAAAAUUACAAAAAAUUGAAUUGGAGAGAACGGUUGCGGAAUUAAGACUCAAGUAUGAUCAGUCUGAGAAAAGAUCAAUCGAAUUAAGAGAAGCGGAGGAAAAGAAACACAUGGAGGAAGUACAAUUUCUAAAAAAAACAAAUAUGCAACUAAAGACUCAAUUGGAAGGUAUAAUAGCAUCAAAAAAAUAAGAAAUUAUGCCGCAAAGAGACUUCAAAUAGUUUAUGGUGUCUACAAUGUCUUAUCUACGAGAAUUAUAUAUGUGUAUUUCUGCGCUUCUAUGCUGAUAAUUUACAAACGUUGACGUAACAUGUAACUAGUUGAACAGAGGUAUAAAGAAACACGACAGUUUAAUAGUGCA